UCAUUGCGCUCAGCUGCAAAACAGAGAAGGAAAAUCACCGUGGCUCAAUGUCCCUUGUCAUACAAUCUUUGUUUCACCUGUCUGAAGAAUCACACGCCACUGUAGGCAGGGUCUGACUACAUUUGUCUAGUGCUUACAGCACGGAGGUUCACUUUCCUGGACUCCUAGAUUGAAUACUGUACAAAGAGGAACAGUCACAACAAGCCUACAAAUCCACUUAAGGGUAAGUAGAUUACAGUCAUGCAUUUGUAACACUGAUGACUGUUCUGUUGCAGAACAGCAUUCAGGUUAUGCGUAUUUCUAUCACCUUUCCUUUGAAUUAAAGAGGUAGAGGAGACAGCCAUGGCAAACACGGGUAUUACUUCUAAUAAUCCAAUUCCACAGCAAAUUCAUGAGGGCAAUCAGACCCUUCAAAACUUUCCAAAGUUGAAUGAGACUUUAGAACAGGAAACUUCAUACUCUCAAAUCACUGCGCAUACUGGAAUACCAAGAUCUACAAUCUGGAGACUUCCCCUCACAUCAGAAACACCAUUAGUUCAGUUCAUGUCUGCCAGCAUAUCUUGCAGAUGCUUAUAUCAAGUGGAUAAGGUAUGUCCCAGAUCCGCUCCCUUUAAGAUGUUUCUUAUAGCUGGAGAAGAUUCUUGCCCAGAGCAAAGAUCAGGCUUGGCUCGGUUCAGCUCGUCUGCUUUUGACUAUGAUCAUCAGCAGAGCAGAAUUCAAAGCUACUGAGGAGAGCAUGUGAUUUGUACUUCUGCAGGCAAGGGCAAGGCAGCUUAUCAAGAAGACGAACGUAUUCAGUGAAACUUGGUUAAAUAAAUCAUCUUUUAAAUCAACCUUUGCCCAAUCAACCUUUGUCCAGCCCUACCUAUAGGUACUGCCACGAGAGGGACAGCAAAAGAGAAUUCCUGCGAAGGCUGCUGCACACAGACACACAGCUCCUCUCCAGAACAGAAUCAAAAGGAGUUUUAAUUAGGAUUCUGAGGCAGAAGAAAAUACAGACAGCUCCGAGAACUUCAACUUACCAAGAUGACUUCUGCUCUCCAGCCCCGAGAAUGUAAAGUGACCAAAAAACCCCACAAGAACUACGGAUUCUACCUGCGUAUUGAGAAAGACACGGCAGGGCAUCUCAUCCGGAACGUGGAAAAGCACAGUUCGGCUGAAAAGGCUGGCUUGAAGGACGGAGACAGAGUCCUCAGGGUUAAUGGUGUAUUUGUAGACAAGGAAGAACACCCACAGGUGGUGGAGAUAAUCAAGAGCAGCGGAAAUUCUGUUGUAUUCCUUGUUCUGGAUGAAGCUUCCUAUCUAAAGGCAAGAAAGGAGGGAGUGAACUUGGAAGAGUUAGGCCAAAAGGCGUCAACAGAACAGCAAAAGGAGCAGCAGGAAAAACAGUUCCCACCGCUCAGGGCCAAUGGAGCGAUCGCUGCAGCUCCGCAACCCCGGCUCUGCUACCUGGUUAAGGAAGGGAAUAGCUACGGCUUCUCCUUGAAAACCACAGAAGGUCAGAAGGGGCUGUUCAUAGUAGAGAUAUCAUCAGAAGGAGCAGCUGCAAAGGCUGGUGCCCAAAACGAUGAUCGUCUGAUUGAAAUCAAUGGAAAAAAUGUGGAAAAUGACACACACGAGGAGGUAGUAGAAAAGGUAAAGAAGUCUGGAAAUCAUGUUAUGUUUCUACUUUCCAACGAAGAAACGGACCAAUAUUACAGAAGUCACAAGAUGGUACUAAGCAAAGAGAGUGCCAGCCUAAAAUUGCUUCCCCUCACACCACGACUCAUUGAGCUCCAGAAAGGAACAAGUUAUGGCUUUUAUCUACGAAUGGAACAAAGUACUGGUGAUCAUGUAAUCAAGGACGUUGAAUCUGGGAGUGCAGCAGCCAAGGCAGGUCUCAAAGACAAUGAUAUCUUAGUGGCUAUCAACGGUGAACAAGUGGAGGCUCUGGACCAUAAACAAGUAGUGGAAAAGAUUAAGCAGUCAGAGGAAAAAAUCACACUGUUGGUAGUGGAUAAGGAGACUGACACCAUGUAUAAACUGGCUCAAAUCUCCCCCUGUUUGUACUACCACAAAGUACAAGAUCCAUCUCCAGCUAAAAUGGAGGAAAGAGCAGAGCUGCACACUGAGCAGGAAGUGAACAACAAGCCAAGAAUCUGCAAGAUGGUGAAAGGGCCUAGUGGAUUUGGCUUCACUGUGAAUAUGAUCAAGAACAAACCUGGACUGUUCAUCAGUGAGAUACAAAAUGGUGGGCCAGCUGAUGCAGCUGGUCUAAAAGACAAUGACUUUUUGGUGGAAGUGAACGGGGUGAAUGUGUUGAAUGAGCCCUAUGAAAAGGUAGUGACAAGAGUGCAGGAUAGUGGUGAUGAACUAACACUGCUGGUGUGCAGCAAAGAUGCUUACGAAUACGUUCAGCAUCAGAAGAUUCACACUACAGCCUCUACAGCAGAUCCAUUCUGCAAUGCCUUUGAACCUCCCGCUUAUACAGAAAACCCACCAGCAGAGCCAGAGAAAACCUCAUCAGAGCCAAGAGAAAGGGCAAGCUCCUCAUGCUCUUCACAGCCACUUGCAUCACCAACAGCAGACAGUGACAACAGUGAUGACACACCAUUGUGAGAAGACAAACUACACCAAGAACAAAUAAGUCUCUGAAAUCCCUUUACUUCAAUCGUUCUUUGCUACUACGUGUCUCAGAACGAGACUAUUUCUAGGAAUGACAUACCCGAAAGGGAGUACAAUCUCUUGCUGAAAUGCAACUGCCUGAAAUAGAUACUUCGAUGUAAUUUGUAGUCAUUUCACACACCGCAAUUGUACUUCAUUGGCUUUCUGCCUCAUAAAGUGGGUGGUUAGUCACUUCUUUCUGUAAAAGCUUAAGUGACUAGAGGUAUAUGCUUAAGUAUGCUGCAGCGGAGGGAGGAACCAUGUUCCAAAAAGCCAUGAGUGUUUUAGCCUUUUAAAGACAAGCUCUUAAAUAUAGAGAAACUGAUCUUUUCCUGUCUCCCAGGAGAGGCAGUUUCCUAAUCAAAGCUCAACAGUCACCACAGAGAUUGAGUUGAUAUGUGCUGUAUUUACUGCAGUACAACUGCUGUGAUAUGUCAUAAGCCAAUGCACUAUGUGCGUUACACUCCUUUCCCUUACUAACACUGUAGAGGUUUUCGGGUUUUUUUUUCCCCAAGCGUUACGCUAACUUCGUAAUUCACAACUCAAAACCUUUAAGCACUAUUCUCUCUCCUCUGCUUAUAGUUGUGGAUCACAGUAGUUAGAAUAGUGUAUGUAAUUCAGAGUCAUGCAACUUUGCCUGACUCCAAACCAACCACGUUGUCUUGAAUGCGACAUAAAUGGCUCUGUAAUACUGCUACUGUAUGCUUUGCCUCCUUGCUGUACACCAAAGACAAUGUUGAAAUAAAUCACUGAGAGUGGCUAUUUCUUUUUCCCAGGUCUUACCCUUGCCACCUAUGAUUUAUGUUCCAGAACAAUUUUAAAACAAAGAAAGCCAAGGAGAGUGGCUAUAGGAAGCUACAAGUUCAAGUCACUUGAGUAAAAUUUACUUUUAUGCUUUGACUUAUGUCGAGAAAGGGAUACAGGCUACUGUAGAAGAAUACACAGGUUGUGGGGAAUACUGAUUUUACAGCAUAUCAAGUAAACAAGGAAUAGCUGUCAUCUCUGAUCUUUAUACUGAACUCUAGCAAACAGUAAUUCAAAGCCUCAAUUCCAUUUAUACAGGGAGAGGAAAUAAGUUGAGAUUCAGCAACAGAAGGCUGAGCUCCAGCUCAUAAGGACAAGAGAUAUUAGUGAUGCACACAUCUCUCUCCAACUUCUCUUUCCUUUCUCUCCAUCCAGGCAGUAAAUCCUGCCAGUAAAUCCAUUUUCUAUCUCACUUCCAGCCAAACCUUUGGGGUUGACAUGAAAUAAUUGUGAUGCUCAAGAGAUAUUAUUAUA